AGGAGGGGACGCGUCUAGCCGGCCGAGAGCAGUAGCGCGCAGGCGCGGUGGCGGCGGGCUGAGAUUUAAAGGGACAGGCGCAGAGGCUGUGACCCCUUUUUGGGGUUUCCUUCCCCCCCCUAAUUUUCUUCGGGGCGUGGGCGCGUCAGUCUGGGAAGAUGGUGUGCGGGGGCUUCGCUUGCUCACGCAACGCGCUGUGCGCCCUCAACGUCGUGUAUGUGCUAGUCGGGCUCCUGCUGAUUGGCGUGGCUGCCUGGGGGAAAGGCUUCGGCAUUGUCUCCAGCAUCCACAUCAUUGGAGGGGUCCUUGCUGUGGGCUUCUUCCUGCUUCUCAUCGCCAUCGUGGGGCUCAUCGGUGCUGUCAACCACCACCAAGUCAUGCUCUUCUUUGUAUCCUUCUCUGUUGCUGUUGGCAAAGGGAGCUGCAUCUCCCCCAAGAUCAGCCCUGCCAAAACUCAUGCUAUGUGAUCUUGCUGGGCUCUG